AUGUCGAACAAGAAGAGUACCGCCGAGAAUCAGCUCGAUGAGUACCGUAAGAAGAACCGACCCGAGGAGAUGAGGACCUCGUUCGGUGUGCCAAUCCCGUCCAGAACCGCGUCCGUGACAGCCGGUCCCCGAGGUCCGCUGCUAGUCCAAGACUUUGUCUUCAUGGACGAGUUGGCCCACUUUGACCGAGAGAGGAUCCCAGAAAGAGUGGUACACGCCAAAGGAGCUGGUGCUCAUGGAUACUUCGAAGUUACGCAUGACAUCUCCAAGUACACCAAGGCUUGUGUGUUCAAUGAGAUUGGCAAGAAAACUCCAAUGUUCAUCAGAUUCUCGACUGUCGGUGAGGAUUUUUUUUUAUAUUGUUGUAGGCUUUGAUUGUUCUAUGUUGAUAAUGGUUGAAUUCUAAUGUAAGACAUUCAUUGUGUAUCUUCUACUAAGAGAUUUUGAUCAUUAUAUAAAAUAACUUUACCUUUACUUGAAGGAGGUGAAAGUGGCAGUGCUGACACAGCUCGUGACCCACGUGGCUUCGCGAUGAAGUUCUAUACGGAGGACGGUAACUGGGAUCUGGUCGGAAACAACACCCCCAUCUUCUUCAUCCGUGACCCCAUCCUCUUCCCCAGCUUCAUCCACACCCAGAAACGGAAUCCAGCUACACAUCUGAAGGACCCCAACAUGGUGUGGGACUUCUUCUCACUGCGACCUGAACUCAUGCACCAGUUCAUGUUCCUGUUUGGAGAUCGAGGCACUCCAGAUGGCUACAGACACAUGAACGGCUACGGGUCUCAUACCUUCAAGUUGAUCAACGCUAAAGGCGAAGCUGUGUGGUGCAAGUUCCAUGCCAAGGUGGGUUGUGCUUGAGGUUAUGUAUACUCUACUAUAAUGUCAACCAUAAAAAGCUUAACCAUUCUUCGUUUUUAUAUUGUUGUAGGUAUUUGAUUAUUAAUAACAAAAUCAAAUUUCAGGUAGCCCAAGGCAUAAAGAAUCUGUCAGCAUCCGAAGCCGAAAGGAUCAGCGGAACCGACCCAGAUUACUCGAUCAGAGAUCUCUACAAUGCCAUCGAACGUGGAGAUUACCCUCAAUGGAACUUCUUCAUCCAAGUAAGCUUUCUUCUGAUCACCAAAAUAAAUUAUAGUACAUUAUAGUAAUUACAAAGCAAAUUGAAAUACACGAAAUUCCAAAACCAAAUCAAUAUUGUUGUAGGUAAUGACAAACGAGCAAGCGAACAAGUUCCGUUGGAAUCCGUUCGACUUGACCAAGGUCUGGCCCCACUCUGAGUUCCCACUGAUCCCGGUCGGAAAGUUCGUGCUCAACAAGAACCCAAGCAAUUACUUUGCCGAAGUUGAACAAGCCGCCUUCUCUCCUGCUCAUGUCAUCCCUGGAAUCGACUUCUCUCCUGACAAGAUGCUCCAAGGUCGUCUCUUCUCCUACACUGACACACACUUCCAUCGUCUUGGCCCCAACUACAACCAGCUGCCUAUCAAUUGUCCAUACAAGACUCGCGUCAACAAUAUUCAAAGGUAGGUUAACUUACAUUUUGCUAUUAAACAAACAAGUUUAAAAGAACAUACAACUUCAGAUAUUAAAAACAAUGUGUGCAAGAUCAUGAAUUUGGAUUAACGAGCUCAAAUUGUAAUUGAUAUUAGUCAAAGUUCUAUUUUUAAAUUUAAAGAAAGUUAAGUGAAAUAAUGAUUUGACCUUUCAGAGACGGCUUAAUGUCCUUAGGAAACAACCAAGGAUCAGCCCCCAACUUCCACCCGACCUCGUUCAACGGCCCAGUAACCCGAGGACCUCAAGAACACAGAUGGGCAGUUACAGGCGAAGUGGGACGCUACGAAAGUGGAGGUGAAGACAACUUCAGCCAACCCAAAAUCUUCUGGAAAAAUGUAAGCCUCAUUUUCGGGGUUUGACAAUUUCUGAUUAGUCAUAAUGUAAAUAUGAUUUGCAUUAUGCAUAACCUAAACUAACUACAACAACAUUGAAAACGUUACCUAUAAUAUAUAUGAAAAAUGUUACCUAAACUUACCCUUUUUAGGUCUUGGACGACGGCGCCCGCAAGAGAUUGGUCGAGAACAUUGUGGGCUCGUUGAGUGGCGCUACAGAAGCCAUCCAAGAACGUUGUGUCGCUCACUUCAACCGUGUUCACGCCGACUUUGGCCGUGCCGUUUCCGCCGGACUCAAAGAGAAGCAGCAACAGUUGAAGGCGAGGUUGUAA